AUGGCUGAGAAUGUACCAAAACCACUUGAAACUAUUAUAUUUAUAAUGGAUUAUGAUAAUCCAUGGAUAUUUAGUGCUAAUAGUUUAAGAAAAUUUUUUGAAGGGUGGCGUUGUAAAGGGGGAGAAGGAAAUAAAAUGCCUAGGAGAUUACGUAUUAAACGUUCAUCUACCUCGGAUGGUUUAUUAUUACCAUCAUUAAAUUUGGUAGCAAUAAGUAGCGAGCAUUUUAAAGUUAUUGAAGAAUAUGGAAUUCAAUUUGAUAUAAAAUAA